AUGAAAGAUUAUGAUGAACUUCUCAAAUACUAUGAAUUAUAUGAAACUAUUGGCACAGGUGGCUUUGCAAAGGUCAAACUUGCCUGUCAUAUCCUCACUGGAGAAAUGGUAGCUAUAAAAAUCAUGGAUAAAAAUGCACUAGGGAGCGAUUUACCCCGAGUCAAAACUGAGAUGGAUGCCCUGAAGAAUCUGAGACAUCAGCAUAUAUGUCAGCUCUACCAUGUGCUAGAGACAAAAAAUAAAAUAUUCAUGGUUCUUGAGUACUGUCCAGGAGGAGAGCUGUUUGACUACAUAAUCUCCCAGGAUCGCCUGUCUGAAGAGGAGACCCGAGUCAUCUUCCGUCAGAUACUGUCUGCAGUUGCAUAUGUGCACAGCCAGGGCUAUGCCCACAGGGACCUCAAACCAGAAAAUUUAUUGUUUGAUGAAUAUCAUAAAUUAAAGCUGAUUGAUUUUGGUCUCUGUGCAAAACCCAAGGGCAACAAGGACUACCAUCUACAGACAUGCUGUGGGAGUCUUGCUUAUGCAGCACCUGAAUUAAUACAAGGCAAAUCGUAUCUUGGAUCAGAGGCAGAUGUUUGGAGCAUGGGUAUCCUUUUAUAUGUACUUAUGUGUGGAUUUCUGCCGUUUGAUGAUGAUAAUGUCAUGGCUUUGUACAAGAAGAUUAUGAGAGGGAAAUACGAUGUUCCUAAGUGGCUCUCUCCUAGUAGCAUUCUGCUUCUCCAACAGAUGCUUCAGGUGGACCCAAAGAAACGGAUUUCUAUGAAAAAUCUCUUGAACCAUCCUUGGAUCAUGCAAGAUUACAACUGUCCAGUUGAGUGGCAAAGCAAGACUUCUUUGAUUCACCUUGACGAGGAUUGUGUAACAGAGCUUUCUGUACAUCACCGCAAUAACAGGCAAACAAUGGAGGAUUUAAUUUCAUUGUGGCAGUAUGAUCACCUCACAGCCACCUACCUUCUGCUUCUAGCCAAAGCUCGUUUACAGCUUCCCACUUUCUCCUGUGGAAUCUCCAGCACUACUCCAAAGUCAAAGAAUCUGAGCCUGGAAGAUAUGACCACAAGUGAUGAUAGUGUGGCUGGAUUAAUAGAUUCUGAACUGUAUGAAGAUAAUUUAUCAGCUCCCCAGACACCACAGGUUACCAAGCAUUGGGCAGAAUCAAAUGAUGUGGUGUCUAAAUCACCAACUCCAGUAGUAUGCAGAGCAUUGGCAAAUAAAUUAAAGGACAAAGAGAAUGUGUGCACUCCCAAGUCUGCUGUGAAGAAUGAAGAGCACUUUGUGUUCCCUGAGCCAAGGACCCCAGUUAGUAAGAACCAGUAUAAGAGAGAAAUACUCACAUCGCCAAACCAUUGCACACCGCCUGCUAAAGCUAGAAACCAGUACCUGAGAGAAGCUCCAGUCAGAACACCAGGGAAUUCCACAGGAGCAGACACGUUAACGACAAGUGUCAUUAGCCCUGAGAGGCGGUGCCGCUCAAUGGAAGUGGAUCUCAACCAGGCACAUAUGGAGGAUACCCCUAAAAGGAAAGGAACCAAUGUGUUUGGAAGCCUUGAGCGAGGAUUGGAUAAGGUUCUCACUGCACUUACUAGGAGCAAGAAGAAGGGCUCUGCCAAAGAUGGGCCAAGAAAGCGAAAGCUGCACUAUAACGUGACUACAACUAGACUGGUGAAUCCUGACCAGCUCCUGAAUGAAAUAAUGGCUGUUCUUCCACAGAAGCACGUGGACUUCGUACAGAAAGGUUACACACUAAAGUGUCAAACGCAGUCUGAUUUUGGCAAAGUGACAAUGCAGUUUGAAUUAGAAGUGUGCCAGCUCCAGAAACCCGACGUGGUGGGCAUACGGAGACAGCGGCUUAAGGGUGACGCCUGGGUUUACAAGAGAUUGGUGGAAGAUAUCCUGUCUAGCUGCAAGGUGUAACUGAUGGAUGGUUUCCAUCCUGCCCGGAUGCAUGUGGAUGUCAUGCUGUGUACAAGAAGACCCGUGGAUUGGCUGGAUUAACUACAUGUUCGUUUUUUUCAAGAACAAGACUUUUUUGCCUUUACAACAAAAAUUUAUUUUGUGGCUGAAUCCAGGGCAACCAACUCUCUGUCAUUUUCAUUUACUCUUUAAAAUCACGUGGCUAGAUAUGUUAGUAACUGUUGAUUUUUCUAUGUUCACUUCCAUAGGGGAUUGUCAGCUCUUCCUGUGGCUCAUUUUGAUGUACACUUUUCUUUUUGAACUAAAACCAUUUGUGAAUAUACCGGGCUUCUCUUUGUAUCUGAUUUUGAUCCAAAUAAAACCUCGAAUGGCUUUCUGACUGUUAAAUAGAGA